CUCCCAGGCCGUUAACGGCGGCGCGGCGGGGCAGCGGCUUCAAAACAAAGGGCAGGCGGCCCGGGGGCGGCGGCGGCGGCGGCGGCGGACAUGUCUCGCGCGCAGCUGGAGAGGCAACGGCCGCAGCGCGUCCCGGGCCGCGCCGGGGCCGCCGGAGAGCCGCGCCCGCGCUGAGCGAGGCCGGGCCGAUGGGCGCUGCGGGCUGGGGCGCGGACCGGCGGGCGGCGGAGAGAAACUUCUGGAAUCCAGAAUGUUGUUUUUGGCCUAAGAACUUACCCCACACUAACAUCUUUGUGGGGUGGUGGCUGCUCCCCAAACCCCGGGGACACAGCGGCUGCAGUAGAAGUGAGGCACGUGAUGCAUUGCACCUCAGGUACAAAGUUACUCCUUCACCAUGGACCACCCCAGCCCAAACCCCUCCAGCCUCAUCAGUUCUUCACAAACUUAUUGAUUCCUUGUCUAAAAGGUUGUGGCGUUUUUCUCUCACCCCAGCUGUGUGGACAGAGCCACACGCCCUCCGAACAACAACGGCUCUUGCGUGCAUGUUCCAGUGUUUCUUCUGUCAGAGAGCCCAGCAGAGCUGCAGCUCCUCCCGUGCCAGCCCUGAGCUGAGCCAGGAGUGCCCAGCGGAGAUGGUGAAAAUGACAAGGUCCAAAACUUUCCAAGCGUAUCUGCCAAACUGCCACCGAACGUACAGUUGUGUCCACUGCAGGGCCCACCUGGCCAAUCACGAUGAGCUGAUCUCCAAGUCCUUUCAGGGAAGUCAGGGACGAGCCUACCUCUUCAACUCAGUGGUGAACGUGGGCUGCGGCCCUGCGGAGGAGCGGGUCCUUCUCACCGGCCUGCAUGCCGUGGCGGACAUCUACUGUGAGAACUGCAAGACCACACUCGGGUGGAAAUACGAACACGCCUUUGAGAGCAGUCAGAAAUAUAAGGAAGGAAAAUUUAUCAUUGAGCUUGCUCACAUGAUCAAAGACAAUGGUUGGGAGUAAAGUGAAAACUUCCUGUUCUCUUUUGAAUACGAUUUUGUGAAAAAGACGGUAAAAGUAAUGGAAACAUAGGCACAUCUGAUGGCAGUGUUUCUUGAACUCGAGCCUCACAGGCGGCCUCUCCAGGCCAAUCCCCUGGGUAAGGCGUCCCUCUGAUCUGUGUCUUCGUCAAUAACACGGUUAUUUCUGAAAAGUUUCAAUGCCCUUUUUCUAAUUUCUCAAGAUGUAGAGAAAAGACCUAACCAACUGGUGACUUAUCCAUCCAGCUAACACCUUCUUUAACCAAUGCCUUUAAGAUAGUAUGGCUGUGCUCUUUCGUGUUUGAUAGAAAACCAGACCGAAGCCCCAAAGCCCACAGGGAGGUCUCUUCAGAGAGCCAGGUUCCCCUCUUGUUUGGAGAGAAGGUAUGGUAACUUCUCCCCGAUUCGCGGAACAACAACGUUGGUUAUUCUUCUUGCAGAUGAGCUGUGAGGGCAGUGCUUACUUAGGAAUCUCUCAGAAAUCUAUGAAUCUAUGCACCAAGGGUGUUUUUAGCCUUGUUCAAAAACAGAGGCCACCAGUAAUAACAUUUUAGAUAAGCUAUAGAGAAAUGCGUCUAAUGUAACAUGUUUAUUUAAGCCAGUAGCUUCCUUAUCUCACAGGCGAGUGAACGAGUCGUUAGCAGAGACGGUCUUGGGCCAGUGUGCAGGCCCAGGCCCAGGCCCAUGGGGGCUCCAGGUUAGGCACUGGGCGGCUGGUCCAUGGAGUUAAGAGUGGAACGCGCUGGACCAAGGGAAAUCAGGUUUCCUUUUCUACUCUGAUGUACUUGAAAAAAAAGAAUUAUUUUUUGCAUAUUUGAAAGAGGCCAGAGCAGGCUAAGCUUCCAAAUUUAACAUUUGCCAGAUAGUUUUAAAAUUUUGGAAAAGGUUACAGUUGGAAGACAGGUUUAAACUUUGCAGUGAAGAUGUUUGGUUUGCUCAACAGGUCCCCGUGCCUCCCUGGUUCUGUCCUGUGGGCCGACACAGGCAAGGCCCAGCAGCCGGCCUCCCGAGUCCUGCGUUUCUGCCACAGGUUCAAGUUCCAACUUACUGUGCCUUUGCACGGAGUGGGCACCACCCACGGGUUUUGGCCGCUUUGCAGAGAAUGGAGGCCAAAAGGCAUUCCCACAACAGUUUUCGUUUUCAGUGUUCUACCUGGCUCUGGCCAGUGGGCCCAGCCUGCCACUGGGCGUCUGGGGGCCACCAGUGUGGUCACCGGGUCAUGAGACUCCCGGGACCCCAGUGCUGAGGGUCAGAGAGAGGGCUGAGGGCGGGGGGAAGAGAGGAGGGUACAGGCCGGCUCCCAAACUCCUUCAGACGAGGUUAGUCCUAUGGCCACAAGCGUGAGCUGGCUGGGGACAGAGAGGGACUGGCUGCCAGUUGGUGGGUGGCCCUCCCCUGACCCCCAGCCACUCACCUGGGCUUCCCUUUGACACCAUCUCUGCCUGGACCUGCAGCCUGGAUCGUGGGGAGUGCGCUGCCUGCCGGGUCGUCCACGAGGGUGACCAGCGGGCCUGAAUGCAUCUCAAGUUGCCAAGGGAAGUGCUUGGCACAGCGCAGACCUCCACUGCAGGCACUCUGCCGCCUCCCAAGCUGGGCCCUGGGCCUGGUCCUCAGUGCCCCGUGAAGGCCCAGCCAGCACCUUCCCUGAGACGUGAGUACAAAUCCCUGAGACCCCACCUGAGCCAGCGGCUCCUCAGCCGGGCCUCCUCCCCAAGCUUCAGCCUGUGGCCCAGCUGCUUCUCCAAAAGAUGCUUCCUGACGCUGAGGAACCUCCUAAAAUUCCUUUGUAUACACUCAACUUAUAUUUAGAGGUUUUGUAUGUUCUGGGCACAGUUACUGCUCCUCUGCUCUGAGCACUUUGGUUUUGUGCCGUCUCUGUGGUGGCAUCGAAGUGUUUUUACCAGUGGUCCAUGAUGACUUUUGUAUUUUUGUAGCUGACACCAACAAAGACUCUUAACACUUUUCUUGUUAGUCUUCUGCAAAAUCCGAGCUCCUUUUGAAACCAAAUGAACUGACCGUGAGCAGCUUCGAGGACGGACACUCACGAGACCUGGUCAAGUGCUGGGAUGCGCCACCCUUUUAAAUUCCUAAACAGUAAAUAUCACCCUGUGACUUUUAUUUAUUUAAGAUACUUUUUUUCCUUGCGAAGAGUGGGAGGUGAUGCCAGGAUUAUAAAUGCAUUUAAGUUAAACUAUGUAAUGUCUUCUGCACAGUACAUAUACAGACAGUAUUUUUAUACCUUAAUGCUUAUUCUUGAUGGCAUCUGUCAGAUAUUAGGAGGGAUCAGAAAUGGGAGUUGUUUAAAAAGUUUAAUUUACCUGAUAACCUCACCAGGGAAUUAACAAAAUCUGAAUGUUUUUAAUGUCUAGAAAACUACAAUUUAAGCUCAAAACGACCUACAGAAAUGUAAACCCUCAUUUGUCAAAGACUCUGGGCAGGCCUGUCCUUCACUGUGGGUGGCACCGCGGGGCUGCAGCCCAGGGUGGCUGGCCUUCCCUCAGGGCAGUUGGGCAUGGCUGCCAGACAGACGGAUGGACAGAAGCCCAGGCCAGCCCGAAGGUUUGCCCCUCAAGCAGGACUGCCAAGCUCACAUGCACAGGCUUCCUCUGGCCCCACGUCCGGCUCUCCGUCCUCUGUCUGUGAGGUUUAAAAAUAAAGCUUCCAACAUCCAA